GAAGACUUCGCCGCUCGGGGCCGCAGCCUGUGUGAUCUCAUCGCUGCCCUGUCGUGACUUCAUCAAUGUCGUGUUGUGACCUGGCUUCGGCGGGACAGGUGGUGACCGCCAGGAACCCUCCUCCCCUUCUCAUCUCCCCAUCUCAGCAGCCCCGCUUCGAUUAUCCGGCUCUUGGAUUCUCUGUUGUCCCGGGAGCUACCCCUCUUGCUUCUCCAAGCCCCUGCCCGCAUCCACAGGCUGAUAGCAGGACUCGGAGGACGAGGACAGGGAGCACAAGGGGUUAAUUCUGCUGCUGCUGCUGCUGCUGCUGCUGCUGCUGCUGCUGUUGCUGCUGCUCCUGCAGCCUUUGCCUGAGGGAGGGAAAGGAGAGAAGGCAAGGAACCCUGGAGGGGAGGGGGCGACUGGGAUCUGGAGGGGUGGGGUCCCCCGAGGGGCCUCCAAGCCUUCCCUGGUGAGCUCGUAUUCUCACUUCUGCUGAAGCUUAUCUCCUGCCUCUGAAGAAGGUAGGGGAAAGGAAGCCUAGGAUGCCCUUUUUUCCCUUGUCAGCCUGAGUCCGGAUAAUCGAACUUCACCCAUGUAUGUCUCCGUUCCUCCCUGUCUGUCCGCACCACUCACUCCCUGUGUGCCUCGUGGAGAGAAAUAAAACCUGGCCUCGAGUGCCAGGGGCUGCUGAGCAGUGUGGACAGCUCUCUUUAACCCCAGGAGAUUGGUGAGGAGAGCUGUCCAGCUGAACAUCAGGAUGCAUGGUCCUCCUUGCCCACUCUCUGGAGGUGACCUUGGACCAGGGUCCCUUCUUCAACCCAAAGGAUUUGCAGGUCCAGCCUCUUAAGGGAGCUCCCCCAAGGGAGUUGGGCAAGGCGGGCAUCAUGGCCUCGGAUUGCGAGCCAGCUCUGAACCAGGCAGAGGGCCGAAACCCUACCUUGGAGCGCUACCUGGGAGCCCUCCGUGAAGCCAAGAAUGACAGCGAGCAGUUUGCAGCCCUGCUGCUAGUGACCAAGGCAGUCAAAGCAGGUGACAUUGAUGCCAAAACGCGGCGGCGGAUCUUUGAUGCAGUUGGCUUCACCUUCCCCAAUCGUCUCCUGACCUCGAAGGAGGCACCUGAUGGCUGCCCUGACCACGUUCUCCGAGCCCUGGGCGUGGCCCUGCUGGCCUGUUUCUGCAGUGACCCUGAACUGGCCGCUCAUCCCCAGGUCCUGAACAAGAUCCCCAUCCUUAGCACCUUUCUUACAGCCCGGGGAGACCCCGAUGAUGCUGCCCGCCGCUCCAUGAUUGAUGACACCUACCAGUGCCUGACAGCUGUAGCAGGCACACCUCGAGGGCCCCGGCAUCUCAUUGCUGGUGGCACAGUGUCUGCCCUAUGCCAGGCAUACCUGGGGCAUGGCUAUGGCUUUGACCAGGCCCUGGCACUCCUGGUGGGGUUACUGGCUGCUGCGGAGACACAAUGCUGGAAGGAGGCUGAGCCCGACCUGCUGGCAGUAUUGCGGGGCCUCAGUGAGGAUUUCCAGAAAGCCGAAGAUGCCAGCAAGUUUGAGCUCUGCCAGCUGCUGCCCCUUUUUCUGCCCCCGACAACCGUGCCCUCUGAAUGCCUCCGAGAUCUGCAGGCCGGGCUGGCACGCAUCCUGGGAAGCAAGCUGAGCUCCUGGCAGCGCAACCCUGCACUGAAGCUGGCAGCCCGCCUGGCGCACGCCUGCGGCUCCGACUGGAUCCCUGUGGGCAGCUCUGGGAGCAAGUUCCUGGCCCUGCUGGUGAAUCUGGCAUGCGUGGAGGUCCGGCUGGCCCUGGAGGAGACAGGCACAGAGGUGAAAGAGGAUGUGGUGACUGCCUGCUACGCCCUCAUGGAGUUGGGGAUCCAGGAAUGUACCCGCUGUGAGCAGUCCUUGCUUAAGGAGCCACAGAAGGUACAGCUCGUGAGCAUCAUGAAGGAGGCCAUCGGCGCUGUCAUCCAUUACCUGCAGCAAGUGGGGCCAGAGAAGCAGAAGGAGCCCUUUGUGUUUGCCUCCGUGCGGAUCCUGGGUGCCUGGCUGGCGGAGGAAACCUCAUCCCUGCGUAAGGAGGUGUGCCAGCUGCUGCCGUUCCUUGUCCGUUAUGCCAAGACUCUCUAUGAGGAGGCUGAAGAGGCCAAUGACCUUUCGCAGCAGGUGGCCACCUUGGCCAUCUCCCCUACCACCCCAGGGCCCACCUGGCCAGGGGACGCUCUCCGGCUCCUUCUGCCCGGUUGGUGCCACCUGACUGUCGAAGAUGGACCCCGGGAGAUCCUGAUCAAGGAGGGGGCCCCUUCUCUUCUGUGCAAGUACUUCCUGCAACAGUGGGAGCUCACAUCCCCUGGCCAUGACACCUCAGUGCUGCCUGACAGCGUGGAAAUCGGCCUGCAGACCUGCUGCCACAUCUUCCUCAACCUCGUGGUCACAGCACCAGGGCUGAUCAAGCGUGAUGCCUGCUUCACAUCUCUUAUGAACACCCUGAUGACAUCACUACCCGCACUAGUGCAGCAACAAGGGAGGCUGCUCCUGGCAGCCAAUGUGGCUACCCUGGGCCUCCUUAUGGCCCGGCUCCUUAGCACCUCUCCAGCUCUUCAGGGAACCCCAGCAUCCAGAGGUUUCUUUGCAGCCGCCAUCCUCUUCCUAUCUCAGUCCCACGUGGCACGGGCCACACCUGGCUCUGACCAGGCAGUACUGGCCCUGUCUCCUGACUACGAGGGAAUCUGGGCUGACCUGCAGGAGCUCUGGUUCCUGGGUAUGCAGGCCUUCACCGGCUGUGUGCCGCUGCUGCCUUGGCUGGCCCCUGCUGCCCUUCGGUCCCGCUGGCCACAGGAGCUGCUCCAGCUGCUAGGCAGUGUGAGCCCUAACUCCGUCAAGCCCGAGAUGGUGGCUGCCUAUCAGGGCGUUCUGGUGGAGUUGGCACGGGCCAACCGGCUGUGCCGAGAGGCCAUGAGGCUGCAGGCGGGUGAGGAAACAGCCAGCCACUACCGCAUGGCUGCCUUGGAGCAGUGCCUGUCAGAGCCCUGAGGGGCGUCCACUGGGGACAGACCCGGGGGUGGGCAGCGAGGGAAGGAAGGGGGGAGGCAUCUUCCCUGAAGCCCCCAAACUGGACCUCUCUCCCCAGACUUUCCCCCCUGCAAACACCCAGCUUUCUGGCUUUUCUGAGGGCAAGGGCAUGGUGCCCACCCCUCAGGUGUAAGGAACUGCGCCCAUCCCUCAGACCUUCAUGGGGUGGGGAUUGACUUGGAAAUCACAUGGUUGUCCCCGCCAGGCCGGGGAAGGUUGGAGCAGCCCCCAGGGAAGGGGCACUAGGUGUCAUUAUACCCAGUGUCUGGCUCCCCCACAGGAGGGAGGCCCCAGGGUAGGACAGGGCUGGCAGGAGCUGACUGCCUCAGCCCAUGUGCCCUGCCGGCCAGGGCGUGGCCUCCCCUAGACUGUGGUGCCCCUUCCGGCUCCCCAGGUCCACGCCCUUUAAAUUGACCAUUUGGCUCUUGUCCUUGGCACCCUUGGGCAGAGAGCAGGCUUAGGCCAUUGACAUCUAAGUUCUUCCUUUCAACUUCAGUGAUCCAGGUUCUGAACUGCCCCUAUCCUUCCAGGCAAAUGGAGGCAGUCAGGCCAUUGGGGCUGGGAAACCUCCUUCCACCUGAGCUUCCUUGAGGGGACCCAAGAGUCCUUGGGCCCGGGUCUCUUAAGCUUUUGUGUCAUGUUGCAUCAGAGUGACGAUGAGGGUUGGGGAGUUAUUUAUUUUGCUUGUCCUGAUCCCUGCUUAGACACCUGAGCAUCUGAUCCCUGUCCCCCUGGCUAGAGCCAGGAGCAGGAGGAACAUCUCCCCAGAAUCUGCAUGUUUCCCCAGUGAUUGCACUCCAUUGCCACCGUGGUGCCUGGCUUCUGCUCCCACCCCUUCUAUGACUCCUCUCUGCAAAGAGACGCGACUGGCGGCUCCAGCAGGGACUUCCCUUCUUAUAAACCUCGGGGGGGGAACCCCACCUGAUCCCUUGCUUCUCCAACCCGCCCCCCCAGUGCGUUCUGUGAUCGCCAAGUUCAAACCUGUGCACAUGUGGACACUCAAUAA